AUGUGUAACCAAGUCCUCCUUGUCCACCAAUGCAAGAAAUGUGGCUCGAGAACGGUCAUUGGUUUACCCGUGGUGACGUCUUGCAAUAACCCACACUGCAAACAGAGCCCCUACCACGACCAUGCGCCCCACCCUUGCCUUUCUUUAUGCUUCCAAGAGUUUCGCGUAACCAGGAAUGUUGAAAGCAUCGAGAGCUGCGCCAGGUGCUCUUAA